AUGAAAAUCACUUUCAGAUUGUCUACCGAGGUCUCUUACUCCGUCACUGUUCCAGACAACUCCACUGUUGAGGAUCUUAUCAACGCUGCUAAAGUCGGGUGUCCGCCAAAUACCUCGUUGCCUUCAGACUUCAAGCUCAUCUACAACGGCGCCCGCCUAGCGCCUUACUACAAGCCGCUAGACGCAUUUGAAUUGGUGCCUCUGAACCCACAAAACGUGGUGAUUCUCAUGAACGCUGCUGAUGCGCCCGAAGCGACUACACAAACAAAGACCCAGCCGCUGGUCACCAAGAAGAAGAAGAAGAACAGAUGCACCUUUGCCUCUUGCACGUCCACGGCGCUCAGGAUGGUGGGCGACUGCGGCCACUGCCAGGGCAAGUUCUGUGCGAAGCACCGUCUUUGGAAGACCACGCUUGCACGGGCUUGCAAUACUGCAAGGCUGACGCUCAUGAGAGGAACGCCAUGA